CCGGGAGACCCACUUCCCCCCAAGGCAUCAGCGAUCACCAUUAAACUCCUGUUCGUAAGUGGACUCUGGAUCAUUGAUACUUAUACAUCACCCCGUCCCAGAAGACCCUGGUGAUGCCAGAGACUAAGAUUGCUCACUGCUGUCAUGCCUGAUCCCCCUCUACCAUGCUCUGUGGCCGAUGAGGACGUGUUCGGUCCAUUCAUCAACGCGUCGUGCCACCAUGGCUUUGACUUUACCUUGCUGUUUGAAGAGACGAUUUUGACUCUCCUGCCGCUAUCGCUGCUCCUUAUCUCGGGAGCGUUGCGUGUCUGGAGUCUUUCUCAUGCAUCAGAGAAAGUCAAUCGAUCAUGGCUGUACGCGGCAAAGGAGGUCGCCUUGGCUAUACAAAUAGCACUCCAAUUAGUGCUCGUGGCUAUUUGGAGCAUACCUUCGAUUCCCAGUACGAGAGUGACAGUUCCAACCGCCGUUGCAAGCUUGGCAGCUUCCGCAUUCCUGCUUUACCUGUCCCACCUAGAGCAUCUUCGGUCCUUGCGCCCAUCAACAAUCAUUUGUCUCUUUGUAGGGACGACUCUACUCUUCGAUUUGGCUCGUCUUCGAACGCUCUCCUUUAUGCCUGAUAAUAGGCUAGUAACAGCUUUAUUUGCCGUAAGCUGCGUUGGCAAGACGGUCAUUCUUGUGCUCGAGUCUAUAGAGAAGCGAUCAUUGCUACAAAGACAAUUCGAGUGCAGCUCACUGGAGUCAACUGCUAGCACUUUCAACCGUGGUCUCUUCUGGUGGCUGAAUGGGCUGCUCUGGAAGGGGUCGAAAACCACUCUUACGGUGGACAGCCUUCCGGAACUCGACGAAGCCAUCAAGACAGCUUCAAACCCGGAGGCGCUGGUCGAGAGCUGGAAUAAAGCCGACAAGUAUCGACCCAACGCAUUGCUUUGGACCUUGACGUGGCAUUACAGAUGGGAGGUCAUGGAGGGUGUUUUACCCCGGUUGGCAUUCACCGGCUUCAACUUUGCUCAGCCGUUCUUGGUGGAGCGAGUGCUAAAUUUCAUGACGGAGCCUGAGCAUGUGAACUCGGAUAACUACGCCCGUGGCCUCGUCGCAGCAUACGCGAUAGUCUAUAUCGGUCUUGCAAUAUCUUAUACCGUGUAUCAACACAAAAACUGCCGUCUUAUUACCAUGAUCAGGGGAAGCUUGGUUACGCUCAUUUUCAACAAGACACUGCGAAUGAGCGCCUCCGCCGUGACCGAUGGGAGUGCAGUCACUUUGAUGAGUACAGAUAUUGAGCGCAUUGGUGGCGGCAUCAGGGAAAUUCACGAGACUUACUCCAAUUUCGUGGAAGUUGCUCUCUCCCUGUGGCUGCUAGCCAGGCUACUGAAGCUUGCAACUAUCGCCUCGACAUUGGUGAUCGUCAUAUGUCUUAUUAUCGGAAUCCCACUAGCUAUCGCAUCUGGUAAAGCUCAAGGCGUAUGGCUUGAAGCUGUGGAGGAGCGAGUUGCAGUCACCUCCAAAGUUCUUGGGGUCAUGAAAAGUAUCAAGAUGACGGGUCUGACGCAGGUCAUUUCAAACAACAUCCGGCAACUACGUUCGCAAGAAAUCAAAGCAUCGUUUACUUUCCGCCUAUACACCAUUCUCAUCAUCACUUUUUCAUUUGCAUCUUCCGCACUUGCUCCUGUUUGUGGCUUUGGUGUUUAUAUCAUCAUAGCUCAAGCACAAGAUUCGGGCACUUUGACAAAUAGCAUGGCCUUUUCGGCAUUGACACUCUUCCUGCUCCUCGACGAACCAAUGAUGAGCUUGGCCAAUGGAGCAGAAGAUGUCAUGACAGUCGCCAAUUGCUUCCAAAGAAUCCAGAAGCACUUACUCAAUAUUGAACGUACAGACUUUCGCUUGAGUCACGGCACUGAGAAUACUAGGUUGAUUGAUAUUGAACCCAUUGAAUGGCAAGAUGAUCAUGGAUUAUCUUGUGUCGUUGCGCGGGAUCUGUCUGCGUCAUGGUCGGUUGAUGAUGAGCCAGUCCUCAAGAAGCUGAACUUUGAGGUCACAACUGGACUCAUCACUAUGAUCGUGGGCCCGGUCGGCUGUGGGAAAUCAACAUUGCUGAGGGUUUUGCUUGGAGAAGUCCCAGAAGUCUCGGGGACGGUUUCCACCGCAUUCGAGAAUGCUGCCUAUUGUAGCCAGUCGCCGUGGAUUAUAUUUGGGACAAUUCGACAGAAUAUUGUGGGUGCAUCGCAAUGGGAUCAGAAUUGGUAUGAUACCAUAAUUCGGGCAUGCUCCCUUCAGACGGACAUUCAGCAACUUCCAGCUGGGGAUCAGACCAAGGUCGGUGUUCGUGGGUCUCGGUUGAGUGGUGGUCAGCAAAUGCGAAUUGCAUUAGCGCGAGCUCUCUACUCCAGAGAGCCGGUCCUUGUACUUGAUGAUGUACUGACGGGUCUUGAUCGAGAAACGGAGAGGGCAAUAUUAGAGGUGGUUUUCUCAUCAGAAGGCCUUAUCAAAAAGUCUGGACAGACAGUCAUUCUGGCGACAAACUCAGCACACCACCUUUCCUAUGCCGACUUUGUCAUCUCUUUGAACGAGGAGGGAAAUCUUAUCGAGCAAGGCUCGUACGACGCUCUUCUAGCUGGACAAGGUUACGUCAGUGUACUUGUUAGCAAAACCAGCACUGUUGCGACUACCAGAGCGCCGGACGUCGUCCUCGAUGAUGUGGACUUACAGGGCCUCAAUCUCGACAAGGAAGACGACAUUGACAACACCAGCCGUAGAACGAGCGACUUGGCGGUGUAUCUGUAUUACUUCCGAACCAUUGGAUGGCCCCUUCUGAUGUUGUUCUUUGCCUGUGUCUGUCUGUUCGUUUUUGGACUAACAUUUCCACAAAUAUGGCUGCAAUGGUGGACUGUUGCCAACGAGAAAAGGCCGAACGAGAACAUCGCAUACUGGCUGGGCAUAUAUGGUGCUCUGAGCUUCUUGACACUCUUUUCUGCGUUCAUUGCAAAUUGGGUCUUCGGUAUAAUCGUUGUACCUAAAACCGCCCGUCGAUUUCAUGAGACCCUUCUUAGAACAACCAUGAGUGCAACCACUUCAUUCGUCACAUCAACUGAUAUCGGAACCACCACGAACAGAUUUAGCCAAGACUUGGAGCUGAUUGACGAGGAACUUCCCGAGGCAUUCGAGCUGACGAUAUAUGCAUUUCUCUUUUUCCUCGUAGAAGGCUUCUUGGUUUUCGUCGGCUCGUCAUACGUUGCGUCGGCCGUAAUUCCAUUCGUUAUCCUUGUGGUUUACUACGUUGGGAAAUACUAUGUCCGCACAUCUCGCCAGAUCCGUCUGCUCGAAAUCGAAGCCAAAGCACCUCUUUUCUCCCAAUUUUUGGAGGCGAUGAGCGGCCUGCCCAGUAUUCGGGCAUACGGAUGGUCCGAGCACUAUCAACAGCAAGAGUUGAUUGCUUUGGAGGCUUCUCAGAAACCCUUUUACAUGCUGUACUGCAUUCAGCGCUGGUUGAGCGUUGUACUGGAUCUGGUGAUUGCCGGUAUCGCCGUUGUUGUGGUUGCAAUUGCACUUUCCAUGAGAGGGAGCUCCUCGUUGAAUCUGCUCGGCAUUGCCCUUUUCAAUAUCGUCAGUUUCGGCAGCACUCUGCAACGCUUGGUUACCCAGUGGAUCAAACUUGAGACUUCUAUUGGGGCCGUUUCUCGAAUCCGGUCAUAUGUUCAACAAACUAAGACCGAGGAUCUUGAUACUGAGAUUGAGGUUGUGCCAACCUUUUGGCCAGAGAAGGGCAAUGUUCAGAUUUCUGGCGUAUCCGCUUCAUAUGACUCAUCUUCUGACCCGGUUCUGCGAGACGUGGGUCUGACCAUCCUCGCCGGUGAAAAGGUUGCGCUUUGUGGCCGAACCGGCAGUGGUAAAUCGUCGCUCAUUUCAACAAUACUGCGACUUCUUGACUUGAAUCAAGGUUCCAUACACAUCGACGGAGUAGACAUCUCUCGAGUGUCUCGCUCACAUGUCCGCUCCCGCCUCAACACGAUCCCGCAGCAGGCCUUCUUCCUCCACGGCACCGUCCGACAGAAUGUCAACCCGGAAGGAACUGUUUCGGACGAGGUCAUCAUUGAAGCGCUCCAAGCUGUAAACUUGUGGUCCUAUCUCCAAUCAAAAGGAGGCUUGGAUGAGGAUAUGUCCCAGGAUAUUCUUUCUCAUGGCCAGCAACAACUUUUCUGUCUGGCGAGGGCACUGUGUAAGCCCAGUAGUAUCCUCAUCAUGGAUGAAGCUACGAGCAGUGUUGACUCGGAGACCGACGCCCUUAUGCAAAACGUGAUUCGCACGCAUUUUCAACACCAAACCAUCAUUGCCAUCGCUCACAAACUAGAUACCAUUCUAGAUUAUGAUAAGAUUGCAUUCAUGGAUUAUGGCCGGAUAGUGGAGUUUGAUACACCAAAGGCGCUUUUGUCACGGGAGGGAUCUGCGUUCAAGGCCAUGUUCGAUACAUUUCGGCAUCUACCAGAGUGACGGUGUGGCUGUGGCGUGUGAAAAGCGAUAGACUUGGUGAUUCUGGAUUGCAUUUGGAAGAUUCUUAUUUCGGUUUUUGUUUUCUUGUUUAUUACAGCGUGUCCCAUUUCAGCAGCGUUCCUCUACUUUCAUAUUUGGUCUGGUUCUUUAUUUUGGGAUCCAUUUACCAAUCCCCUCCAUCUAAGUUUAUGAGCAUCACAAAGUCAGUACAACCUUUCCCCUGCCCGUAUACCGGCCAUUCGCAAAGUCAUAAGCCUCCCUUGCUCGUUCAAUGGGAUAACUCCCCGCCACAAAGGCCUUCAACAAUCCCUGGUCCACCAACUCCCCUAAUACCCUCAACGCCCGACUGCUCCCCUUCACAAUAAAGAACAAAGCCUUCACCCCAUCCCUCCUAAUCCCACGGGCUGUAUGCUCCUCCACAAAAUCGAAGCUUGCCGAAUCCACCGAAAUCAGGGACCCGCCCUCUCGAACAAGCUCCCAACAUCUCGCCAACGUCUCCCCACCAACCGUAUCGACAAUAACAUCAAAUCGGUCCCUCUGACCGUCAAACGCCGAAUACUCAAUCACCUCAUGAGCACCUAACUCUCGCAGGAACUCUGCAUUCCGGGCAUUCGAGCUACUCGCAGCAGUAACCCGCACCCCCGCAGCAGCAGCGGCUAACUGCACCAGAUAAAUGCCCACGCCCCCGGCUGCACCGGUAAUCAACACCUCCUUUUCUCUCUCUGGUUUUUUCAUUUCCCUCUCCACACUUGAAGAUUUCUCCCAAUCAGGUAGAUCUAGCCCGCCAUGCUCGAAAAGUGCCUCGAAUCCCGUCAUCCCACUCAGCGGCAAUGCCGCCGCUUCCUCCCACCCCACAGCCCCGGGCUUCCUCGCCACCUCGCUCUCCAAGACGACUGCGUACUCCGCCCAAGUUGACGGCCGAUCUGCAUGGACCAUGCCAAAGACUUCGUCGCCAACUUGAAACGCAGACUCCCCGCCGGGACCCGGAACUACCUCGACGACCGUCCCGGCAAAGUCGUUGCCCGGGAUGAUGUAGGGGUGGGCGUAGGUCUCGGGCCAUGUGAGCAUAUCGCGGAUGAUGGUUGAGGCUUUAAUGCGGAUGAGGAGGGAGCCUGGGAUUGUUGGUUUGGGGAUGGGGAUCCUGUCGAGGUGGAGGGAUGUUGAGGGGGCAGGGUUGGAGGGGGUGUAAGGUGGUGAUGGGGGUUGGGAGGGGUGGACGCGGAUUGCUUGCAUGGUGAUCCAAGAAGAAUUGAUUUUUUUGGAGACGAAAGAUGGAGGAUUGAUAUUG